CGAUGUUCGAGAUUCUGCCUUGGGGGCCAUAGUUACCUGCUUGCUAUACCUCUUACAACGAAUCGGUCGUUUCAAAACUACGUCGCCAAGGACAUGACUAACCAGAUCAUCCAUUCUCUUUCGAUUGUGAUAUGCCCUCCGUAGUUUCUUACGGAUGACCUCUACGGUAACAGAUCUUUGCUUUCUGCGUAAACAGAAUGUCUAUCCAUCAAGUCUUGUCCCUUUAUCUCCUCACCUUUCAUGUCCAAGCAGCUGUGUUCAGUACUCACAUCCAGGAUAACCGGGACGCUCUUAUUCGGCUUCACUCCCGUCAAACAGUACCUUGGUCUACGCAUCAUGUCCAAUUUCAGAGGACUCGCCCAUCCACAAAACAGAUGCAACGUCCACUCAAUACCGAGGAUGGUCAUUCAGCCUUCCACGAUCACAAUGCAGAGAUUUGGGACAAUUUCUGGUUGGCGCCAUACGUUGUGCCUGCAGCUUUAGGAAGCCCUCCACAACCUUGUCGGCUGCUAAUCGAUCUUGCCUGGGACACUUUGUUCGUGCCUUCGGCUGAUUGUACAGGCGCCUGUGAUGAUCCUUACGUGUCGAGGCUCCGUUUCAAUUCGACUCGUUCCUCCACCUAUUCGGCUCAAGGGUCGGCCGCCAGCUUCAUCUAUGGAACAGAUAGAUUCACAGGCGAGGUGGCGACUGAGAGCCUUCGAAUCGCUGGGCUAGAAGUCGACAAUCAAUAUUUCGUUAACGUCGAGCGUGCAGACACCCUGGGAUUCUUAGACUUAUAUUUUGGUUAUGAGGGCGUGUUGGGGCUAGCACCCCUUUGGAAUCAAUCAGAUACAUCAGAUCUUCCCUUGACUGCCCUCUCACCUUGGCAUAUGAUGGUCAACAGAUCCAUACUGGACGCAAAUCUUUUUGCCCUUGAGCUGCCAGGCGGUCUACUCGACAUGGAGCACCCCAACAGGUCUGGAGAGCUCAGUUUCGGUGGUAUCAACCAGAAGUAUGCCUCAAGCAAAUUUUUGAGUCUUCCUCUGUCCAACUAUUCAGAUCAAGUCUGGGCUGUCGAAGCACAAUCAAUAACCUGGGAGAAUAAGACACAUCCUCUCCGUGAAGAUUUCACGAAUCUUACUCUCGCAGGAUUUGACACGACUGCAUGGUACCUUGCGCUUCCUGGAAAUUGGUCCAAGAGUAUCUACGACUCAGUGAAGCACGAGUGUGAUCCCAUCACUUGCUAUGUGGACUGCGAUCUGCGGCAAGAUAUGCCUAACAUGACAUUCGGACUUGGUGGCCAACGAAUCACGUUGACCCCUCUCGAAUAUACGAGCGAGCUGCUGGGAAAAGACAAAGAGAGACUAUGUACUUUUGAUGUUGUUGAUACCGAACGUUUCGGCUUCCCUGUGGAUGCCAUCGUGUUGGGCAGAGCAUUCAUGGAAACCUUUUACAUGGUUUUCGACUUGGACGAUAUGGAAGUAAGAUUGACGACGAAAAUUGAAGAACAGCGUGAUAACACUAUCCAUGUCGUCUGAGAAAAGUAAAUGGACAGGACAUGUAUUUGGUUCCGUCUCAAUGAAUAUGCCAACACAACAGACCAUAAUUCCUAUGGAGCAAAUAUGAUGGCUUGGACAACCCUCGGG